AUUUCCAGAAUUUUCCUUGUUUUCCUUUAAUCUAAUCUCCACUUUGUAAUUAAUUAAACUCCAACUUAAUACCAUUCCCAACCUUAUUCAAUAAUUAAUCAACUGUGUAAAAUUAAUCGCCCCUAUCAUGCCUCAUUUCUCCUAUUUUGAACUUUCCUCGUCUUCUCUUGGUCUUUUAAUAGUUCCGGUCACCAUGUUGAGCAUACUGCUGCAGUUGACCAAUAUUAAAAAUUGGUAAGAACAGUAGGCAGAUCCAAUUUCCUGGUAGUGGUAGUCACCAAUCUUCCAAUAUUAGUCUCCUUCCUUCUUUUCCUAUACUUGAUCUUUCAAUACCCACAAAGAAUCUCUGAACAUUAUUUUUCUCCCUUUUGCAUCAGAAUUGUUGUGAAACAAUAUGGGUAACGUGUGUUCCAUCUCAAUCUCCAUCGACAAUAUGAUCUCUGGCUGCUGGGCGGCUACAGGUGGUCAAGCAACUUAUGUUUGUGAAUUCGAAGAAAAGUUUGAUGCUGUGAAGCUGGCAUUAGAAGAUUUAAAAGAUUUCAGAAAUGACAUGAAGAGAAAGAUUGACACGUUUGAGGAACAACGAUUGGAACAACUUGACCAAGUGCGGAGGUGGUUUUCGAGGGUGGAAGAUGUGGAAACUGAAGCCAGUCAACUGAUAAAAGAUGGUACUACUGAAAUUCAGAAGCUUUGUCUGGGAGGUUAUUGCUCCAGAAAUUGCAUAUCUAGUUACAGAUUGGGGAAGAAACUAGCCAAGAAGGUUGAAGACUUAAACAAUCUAAGAAGCACAAGGCUUUUUGACAUGGUAGCAGACAGAUUACCUCCAGCUUCAGUGGAUGAAAGACCCAGUGAGCCAACCGUGGGCAUGAUGUCCAUCUUCAAUAAGGUUUGGAGUUGCCUUGGAGAAGAGCAAGUGGGAAUCAUUGGUUUAUAUGGGUUGGGUGGCGUUGGGAAGACAACCCUUUUGACCCAAAUCAACAAUGAGUUCCUCAAAACAACUCAUGAUUUUGAUGUUGUGAUCUGGGCUGUGGUGUCACGAGAUCCAGACUUUCCCAAGGUUCAAGAUGAAAUUGGGAAAAAGGUUGGGUUUUGUGAUGGUAUAUGGAGAAAUAAAAGCAAGGAUGAAAAAGCCAUAGACGUCUUUAGAGCCUUGCGCAAAAAGAGGUUUGUGUUGUUGUUAGAUGACAUAUGGGAGCCGGUAAAUCUAUCAGUCUUGGGAGUUCCAGUUCCAAAUGAAGAAAAUAAGUCCAAGCUAGUAUUCACAACCCGAUCCGAGGAUGUAUGCCGACAAAUGGAAGCUGAAAAGAAUAUCAAAGUGGAGUGCUUGGCAUGGCAGGAAUCCUGGGAUUUGUUUCAGAAGAAGGUUGGACAAGACACUCUUGACUCCCAUGCAGAAAUCCCCAUGCUAGCUGAAAUAGUUGCCAAAGAAUGUUGCGGAUUGCCACUGGCACUGGCACUGGUUAUCAUAGGCCGGGCCAUGGCUUGCAAGAAGACAACCGAGGAAUGGAAUUAUGCAAUUAAAGUGUUACAAGGAGCGGCUUCAAUUUUUCCAGGUAUGGGGGACAGGGUGUUUCCUAUUCUAAAAUUCAGUUUCGAUAGUUUACCAAGCGAUGCAAUUAAAUCUUGCUUCUUAUAUUGUUCCUUAUUCCCUGAAGACUUCAACAUUUUAAAAGAAAAUUUGAUAGAUUAUUGGAUUGGCGAGGGAUUUCUACAUGAAUUUGAUGACAUAGAUGAAGCUAGAAACCAGGGGCACAACAUUAUUGGUAUUCUUCUUAAUGCAUGUUUAUUGGAGAAGAGCUCCAGAGAUAUUAUAAGAAUGCAUGACGUGGUCCGUGACAUGGCAUUGUGGAUAGCUUGUGAGCAUGGGAAGGUGAAAGAUGAGUUUUUUGUGAGAACACGUGUUGGGUUAAUAGAAGCACCUGAGUUUACCAGAUGGGUUAGUGCCAAAAGGAUAUCAUAGAUGGAAAACCGAUUGAGAAGUUGACCAGAGCUCCUCCAUGCCCGAAUCUCUUGACUUUGUUUCUGGAUCGUAAUAAUUUGAGAAGGAUAACCAACGGUUUUUUCCAAUUUAUGCCUGAUCU